UUUUGCUGGCAGAGUUAACUUCUCAACAGCUGAGAGAAGCGGACGCCAAAUCUUUAAAUAACAAAUGUUGGCGUCUCAAAACAAUAUUUUGUGUUUAGGCUUCGCAGCGUUUGGACGUAGCUAACUUCCCUGCGUCGGAAAUCGUGCGUUUUUGCCUCCCCUGCAACGCCUUCAUCUAAAAACAGAACACGGAACACGCGAAAGUUCAACAAGUGAAAUGAAAUAUUUUGGCGGCAUUGAAGGCGGUGCAACGCACUCCAGGCUGGUCAUCUGCGAUGAGAGCGGCGAAUCGGUGGGCAACACCAGCGGUCUGGGCACCAAUCACUGGGGCAUUGGAAUCCCAGAGUGUGCGCGUCGUAUUGCCGACAUGGUGGAGCGUUGCAAGGAGGAGGCAAAGAUUCCAAAGGACACGCCACUAGCCAGCUUGGGCCUCAGUCUCAGCGGCUGCGAGCAGGAAGCCACCAAUCGUGAGCUCGAGCAGGAGCUAAGAAGCACAUUCCCCAAGCUGGCCGACAGCUAUGCCGUGUCCAGUGAUACCAUGGGCAGCAUGUUCACUGCCUCCUCCAUUGGCGGCAUGGUGCUCAUCUCGGGCACAGGUUCCAAUUGUCUGCUACGCAAUCCCGAUGGCACCACAGCCAACUGUGGUGGCUGGGGCAAUUUUCUGGGGGACGAGGGCAGCGCCUGGUUCAUAUCGUAUCGCUCCAUUAAAGUGGUCUUUGAUCACAUGGAUAACUUUGAGAAGUCCCCAUAUCCCAUUGAGAAGACUUGGACGCUGAUCAAGGAGCAUUUCAAUAUCGAGACACGCUACGAUAUGCUGACACAUUGCUAUGCCAAGUUCGACAAGCCCUUCUUUGCGAAUCUUUGCAAGAAGCUGGCUGAGAGUGCCGAAAGUGGUGACAAGCUGGCCUUGUCCCUGUUCCAAGAGGCUGGCGUGCAUCUUGCACGCAUGAUCAAAUCGCUGUUGCCCAACGUUAGUAAGGAGUUGGUCAAAUCUGGUGAACUGAGCGUCGUGUGCGUGGGUUCUGUGUGGAGCAGCUGGAAUCUGCUGAAGCAGUCAUUCAUUGAUGAGCUGGCUAAGAUGUCCAUACCAUACAAUCUCAAGUUGGUGCAAAUCACCAAGAGCAGUGCUUAUGGUGCUUGCUAUUUGGGUGCCGACAGUGCCAAAUUCCAGUUGCCACGCAACUAUGCGGACAAUUUCAGCGUGUUGCACAUCUACAAAGCGAGCAGCAGUCCAGCAAAGAAUGGUGUGGCGAAUAAGACUUGUGACUGUGCGGGAAAAUAAUGUUGUAUGAGGCCAAACAUUCCAAUGAGCAUAAAUCUAAUAUUAUAACUGUAAUAAAAUAUCUUCCACACUCCCAAAGAGA